ACAAAUCAAAGUAGCAGCUCCAUUUAUCAUAAACAGUUGGAAUAUUUUGUUGUGGCCUUCAUCGUAUGAUUAAUUUUGUUUGAAAGUGUACUUUCUUCAAUUCAGUCUCCAAUGAUUGAAUCGUGAAUUCUGGACAAAAAAACGGGAACAAGGAAAGCAAAAAAAAUUGUUGUUGAUUCAUGUGGUUCGAAAGGUUGGGAGUUGGGGAAUCUCUAUACUGUCAGGAUGAAUGGAUAUACCUACGCAGACAGUAUGUGCUGUACAUGAAGCAUAUGGAUAAAAAUAUCUAUACGCGAAAGAAAUACAAGGACGGCCAUGCAUUCAAGCCGCUGGUUUUGGAGUUCUUGACUGUAACUUCAAAUAGGGUUGAGAGGUUAGAAGCAGUCAAGGAUAGACGUCUGCGUAGGUCAUCCGAUUACGGGUACACAUAUGAAGACCCAGAGCCGUGGAGCAAAGCGGACUUGGAAAUCAUAGAGGAUUUCCACGCAGGGGAGCUGAUGGCAAAGUACAGAAAAGCACGGGAGGAAGCCAGAAAUGCCAGGGUGCCGCCGCCGAGGGAGCAGAUUCCUGAACCGACCCUGAAUUUCGCUGGUUAUCCUGAUUUUUUGGUGAAAAUGGUGGAUGACCUUGUGGGGCCUUCCUCGGCACAACGGCAUCGCCAACCGGGAGCGCAAACAGGUGCAGUACGGAAAUGCAAAGCAAGAAGGCGUCUUUUUCCAUACUAGGAAGAAAUUGCUGCCAUCUGUAGAAAUUUGCAUUUUUAUGCUUCCAUAUAUAAACCCC